AUGGAAGUUGACAACGAUGCCGAUAUGGCAGGCGUCGAUACCAACGCCAUCAACAACAUCGCUCCCGAUGGCGACGUUAUUAUGGUGAUCGGCCCCAAGAAAAAGGAAUUUCGACUUCAUUCGCAGAUCCUGAAGGCCGCUUCUAAGGUCUUCAACGCUAUGCUCGGCCCAAAGUUUGCCGAAGGCCAGCAGAUCGUCAACAAAGGAAGUCACAAUGACCCGGUCAAGAUCAACCUCCCCGAGGACGACGCAUACAGCAUGGGUGUCCUUUUCGAGCUCAUUUAUUAUCGACAUGAUGUUCUUUCUAGCGCCGACGGUAUCACAUAUUUCGACGUUGCGCUCGCUGCCGACAAGUAUGAUCUGAUCCGUGCCGUCAAGUACCCGAUCACCGAAGCCAUGGAUGGUAUCUUGUUCAGCUACGGUGAAAGAGGCGAAGAGGAAUCCAUGUGGAAGCUAGCUAUUGCUGCUUCAAUGUUCGAUUAUGAUCCCGGCUUCUAUAAGGCCACUGAGGCGUUGAUUUUGUUCUCUUCGGAUGGAUACAUCAGAUUGGCCGACAAAUGGUAUACGAAUCAGAUUUUUGCACUUCGUCUAUGCGGCCUUCUUGAACACCGACGAGCAGAACUCAGACGGCUGGUGAUGCGCAAAAUUAUGGUUGUCUCUGGGCGGUACAACGACGAAGACAACGACCAGACGCAACGGACAUCUGAAUCAACCAUCCUGAGAUUCGAUAUCUAUUUGGAUGCUCCUGAGGACUUUGCCGAUUCAGACCUGCAGGGAACUCUUGAUGCCAUCGAAAAUUCUGACUACUUCAACCAAUUCCGCAAGAAAGCCGAACGAAACGACGACAGAAGCACCAAAUGGAUGGAUGAAAUCGUGGGAAAGGCCGGACUGCAUUUCUCCAAUAUGCGUGCCUACUGCGGCACACUAGGUAUUCAACAUGGGCUGAGGAAACACAAGUGA